AGGCGGUGGGUACAGUUCUGGGGCGUCGAUUCACAGAGACCGGAGCCUAGUGGCUGGGCGGCGGCGACCGUCGCGUGAGGUCAUCACCUCUUGUCACGACCAGAGCACCCGCCCUGCUCUCGCGUCCACACUGAGCGUCGGCGGACGGGGCACUCCUGGCGGCACACAGAGCCCGAGGCAGUUCUAACUCGGGCCAGGUGGCGCCCGAGCACCCAGAAGAGCUGGCGCCCAGAGGCCCGAACAAAGCUGUGGGCGGCAACGUCGCCCACCCUGUGAAGGUCACCUAGGAGACCAGGUCGGCCCCACCCACCGCGUCUGGCAACCUAGACCAGCCAGGGCAGAAAAUGGAAGAGCCUCCCGAAGAGGCUCCCGCAGAAUCCUUGGCACCUGAAAGCACAGCCAAGUCCCCAGAUGACAGCCACACAGAUGGCCAGGAAGACAACUGGCAGAACCAGGAUGAAGAAAAUGUAGAGGACCAGACUGAUCCCAGAACAGUUGAGCAGGCUGCCCAAAGAAUGUCCGGACAGACUGACCGCAAAGGAUCUGAACCCACCGGGCUCCAAGCUUCUGAUCAAAUGGAUCUCAGGGGAUCUGACCACGCUAAUGUUGCUCAGCGUAGUGCAUCUGAUCAGGACGACCCAAGAAUGUAUGCACAGACAGACAGGAGGACAUCUAGACAAUCCAAUCAUGUACAGGUGGAAGAAACUGACAGCCAGAUGUUUCUACCACCUGAACAAAGAACUUCUGAGCAGUCUGAACGCAGGAAGUCCCCCCACCAGGCUGAAAGCAGAGAUUACGGGCAGAUUGACCGCAGAAUCUCCAGCCAGACUGAGCCAAGAGCUUAUGAGCAGAGUCACCAUAGAUCGUCUGUCUCAUCAGAACAACGAGCCUCUGAACAGAUUGGCCACAGAAUGCCCAGCCAGUCUGACAACAGAACUUUAGAACAGAUCGACAGCAGGUUGUCUGGCCUGGUCAAACGAAGAACUUCUGAAAAGAUGGACAGCAGGUUGUCUGGCCUGGCUGAACGAAGAACUUCUGAAAAGAUGGACAGCAGGUUGUCUGGCCUGGCUGAACGAAGAACUUCUGAAAAGAUUGGUCAUAGACCAUCUAACCAAGCUGACCUCGUACCAUCUCUAAAGACUCACCAAGAUGUGUAUGAGGAAGCUGCUGACCAAGCUGACCGCAGUGCCGAUCACCUUUUCGUUGACAAUGCUGACUACAGCGAGGAGAUGGAACACUUAAUGGCUGAAGAGAAUUACUACAAGGACUACCUAGCUAACUAUGGAGCACCUGGCCAGUAUGACGACAGAAUAUUUGCCCAGUUUGGUGACAUUAAGGCGUACAAAGAAGCUGAGCCCAGAAUAGAACCCUGUGAAUUUGAGACCAAAGAAACCACCGGUGACAAUUCUCCAGUUUCAGUUGAGACUGACAAUGAAAGUGAGACCUAUCUGCCAACCUUUGGCUCGUUUAGUGCCAGAUUCACCAGUGAUUUGCAAGCAAAAGACCAAGUAUAUUCCCAGAGAUUCCCCUAUAUCUCACCCAAGUUGGACUAUAUCAUCAGUCAAGAAAAAACUGAAGCUGUAGAAACCAAGCCUGAUGAUGUUCCAGAACACCAAGAAGGAAGGAAAUCUUUUGGAUACAAUCAAACUUAUAGGAGGCAGUUCCCUCCUAUUGUAUAUGAAGAUCCUUAUCAAGUUUCACUACGAUACAUGGAGAAGCACCACAUUCUGCAAAUAUUCCAGCAGAUCACUGAGAACUUAGUCUAUGAAAAGCCAGAGGACCCCCUCAGUUUUAUGCUGUGCCAGGUACAGGAAAUGAUAGAAAACAGAGACAAAAGUGAAACCUACAAAGAAUGAAUUUCUCCUCAGCAUUGUUUACAACCCUCAGUAUCAACACUAUGUUCUGUCUCUCACUCUGAAAAAUGAUUUUUGAAUGGUCAUUGGUAGUGACUCUGCCUAGAUAUGUUCUUAAUUUUUAAGUAAAGAUCUAUAGAGUAUCUACUUCAGAAAUUCACAUGAUAGUUACAGAUACCUCUGGCUAAUCAUACAAAAUAUAUGCAUGUUAAUUUUAUCAAUGCAUUGGUAUUUCAGACUCAUUCCUCCAAAGCACUGCACAAUAGUCAGUUUACAAAUCUCAAGGAGGAUCAAGAAAAUAAUAUGACCAAUUUAUAUACAUAGUUCUCAUAAAGCAUACAAAUCUAUCAUAUCUCCAAGCUGUUUAUAAAAUUUUCCAUCAGAAAAUAUGUGGAAAAUAAUUUUUAUAGCCCUUUUUCCCCCCUCUCUUAAUGGAAAGUGAUUGUUGUAAUACCUCCAACAUAUUUUUACUGUUUUCCUCUUUAACCCUGCCUGUUAUAUUCUGUCAUUAGUAGAUGGAAUUUAAUCUAAUCCUAGGGAUAGCUUGCCUCUGGUUUUUAACCUAGAGCAAAAUUCAAACAUAUUAUGCUACUAUGUACACACCUGUGUGCAUAGUACCUGUGGGAAAGGCAGAAUCACACUUCCUCAUUACCUUUAUCCCCUGAAGAGUAUCGACAUUAUAUAGACUGUGUAACCAGUGGAACUGGUAUUUAAAAUCAAAAGCCUUAACAUGGUCUGUCUGGUAUGAGAGUAUCUGCCCAGCAAUCAUAACUGACAUGAUCAGCUAAUACUAUUUUUGUAAGCUGAACCUUUUGUUUAAUUUCAAUUGGAAUAUUAAACCAGAUUUGAUUCUUUACACUGGUGACUUGGUGUGAUUAUGUGGUUGCAUCACAAUGAAUUAAGUUUCGUUUAAAUGGUCAAGCACAAUCCUACUUCUUUUAUGCCUAAAUUCAUUUCUAAUAAUUAUACAAUUAUUAGAUAACUUCUGCUGAUAACUUCAGAGUUUAAUUAGUUCCUUCAAUUGCCCACAAAUUGUGCAUGUGCUCAGUCUCAAUAAAUGUUCUCCACUCAAGAGAGGCAGCUUGUCUGUUGAUUGUGGGCCAGCAAAACCAAAUGAAAGCUGGAUAACUUAAGGGAAAAAUUUGAGUGACAUGACUGAGGUUAUAGUCAGUUGGGUGAACAAAAUAACCCAAAGAUUAUUAGUGUUUGAAAACUUGGAUGUUAUCAGUAACAUCUGAAACUAAGUAUUAAAUUUAGUUCACUGGUUUUCAGUCCUACCACCAGACAGAUUGACUAUACUUUUCAAAGCAGAACACUUCAGACCAGACCACCCCAGUCAUUUCAGCCCUUCUCAUUGGCUUCAUUGCACAACUGUCAUUUUGAACUUUUGCCAACAAGGCAUUGAACCAGAGGGGAUGAGAUUGGUAUGGCCCCAUAAUCCUAUGUGGGCACAUA